GCGGGGAGACCUCCUGGGCGGAGGGGGUGCCCCCACGUCCAUAAGGGUAGGGGGUACUGGGGAAGCAUAGGUAGAGCUUGGGGAGGGACAGACCCCUUUUGGACCUCAGCAGCUGGAGGCCGACCUUAGGCACCCCUCGGCACCCCUGAGAGCACCUGGGCUGUGAGCCCCUACCCUGCCCAGGCCGGCCCAGGCUGGCCUGGGACGGCUGGGGACUUGGACCCGCUGCCUCCAGCCCCGAUCGGUGUUCUCGCCCUGCCUUGAGGCUCUGCCUCUCUCCAGCGAGGAGGAGAGCUCCUUUGCAGGGGAGCUUAUAGAGGCACUGGUUUUACACAUUAAUAUACAGAUAUAUUUUCCAGUUGCACAGGAUAACCGCUUACCAAAUACGACGUUGUACUUUUUAUCAGGGAACGAUGACAAGCAGCACACAAAAAUCUGAUGAAAAUAGAAGUAAACGUAAAAAAGAGAUGGAGAAUGAAGCUUCAGAAAAUCCUCUGUUGUCCUCCCUUGACAAAACAGAUUUGGCUGCUUCUGAAGGCUUGCAGUCCCUUUACAAACCUGAACCACUGGAAAAAGUUUUAAAUGAGAUGAACAAAGAAAUUAUGAACUUGUUAUCAAAAUAUGCUCACAUUUUAAGUGAGAGAGCAGCGAUGGAUGCUUCUUAUGUCCAAGAACUUGAUGGAAUCUUAAAAGAAGCGAGGACCAUAGAAAACCAUUUAAAACAGAAAAGGGAGAGUCUGAAACAGAGAUUCACUGUGAUCGCAAAUACUCUGCAAAGCUAAACGGAGCUUGUUAGAUUGCAGAAAUGCAGAGCAAAACUGGUAGUAUAUUUUAUGUAUUAAAAUAUAAACUAUGAUGAGUGCUAUGAUGAAUGUUUCAUAAAUGUCUUAUGUAAAUAUUUCUAGCAGUUCAGGAAAAUUUCAACAACUUAAGCAGCAACUUAUUUUUCAAAAUAAGUAGAUACAAUAAAUAGGGUAGUGGUAGUCAG